CUCAGCCCGCUCCACACGCAGAUGUGGGAAGACAAAUGAAGGGGUUUAGAUGCCAAAUAAAUGUCAGUGGGAAGGAGAGCUACCAACACUAAGGGCUGAACACGAGUAAACUCAUUUUUCAGAGUUAAAGAAUUAUUUAAAAAAAACAAGAUGGGGACGCCUGGUUCCGGAAGGAAAAGAACACCCGUAAAAGAUCGGUUUUCUGCCGAAGACGAAGCUUUGAGUAACAUCGCUAGAGAGGCAGAAGCAAGGCUAGCAGCAAAGCGGGCCGCCCGGGCAGAAGCAAGAGACAUCCGCAUGAGGGAACUGGAACGGCAGCAAAGAGAGCCCUCUCAUCAUUGCUCUGAACGGAAAUGGGGACAGAUUCAGAAGUGGCUGGAAGAUUCAGAGAGGGCCAGGCAUUCUCACCGGCCUGGCCAUCACCGUCCUUAUCUGGGAGUUGAGGAUACAUUGUCUCUUCGAAGCCUUGGCAGCCACAGGAGUUCAUCGAAGGAUAUUACUGGGACACACUGGAGCAGAGCCAGUACACCCAAAAGGAGAGACAUGAUGUAUGAUACCCUCAAGGACAGAUCGUCAAGGCUUUCAUCAUUAAAUUAUUCUUACAGUCACAGCUAUGGGAUGAAGAAGCGAUCUUCUAGUUCUCAUAAAGACCCCCUGAGUGGCCUCUAUUUUGACCAGAGAAACUAUAGCAGUCUUAGACAUAGCAAGCCUGCCUCGUCCUACUGCUUUCGGUCUUCUUCCCUGUGCAGUGACCCGCUGGGGACAUCUCCGAGUAAGAACAGGGCCUCCUCUACUGCAAAUACUGGUCUUCUGAGAAGUACCAGCCUGGCAUCAUUGUAUGAUGGUGGAUUAUAUAACCCCUAUGGUUCUCGAACUCCAUCUGAAUACAGUUACUACUCAUCGAGAGCAAGUUCCUCCCGAAGCAGUCCUGUGUUCAUCGAUGAUGAUGCUGCAAGCAUUGUGUCUGCUGAGCGUGCCGGUCGUGGGCGAAGGGACAGUGUGCUUCUCGUUUCCUCUGACUGGAAGGUCUCUGCUGCUGACUGCUUUAGUCGCUCCAGUCGUAGGGGGAGUGUUGUCUCUGAGGUGGAUGACACCGCCGGCAUCUCAGACUUGACCAGCUUGGAUGAAAAAUCGGACAAACAGUAUGCUGAAAAUUACACAAGACCUUCUUCUCGAAAUUCUGCCUCAGCAACGACACCUCUAAGCGGGAACUCAUCCAGACGGGGCAGUGGGGACACCAGCAGCUUAAUAGACCCAGAUACCUCAUUGAGUGAACUUCGGGACAUCUAUGACCUGAAGGACCAGAUACAUGAUGUAGAAGGGAGAUACAUGCAGGGGCUUAAGGAACUGAAGGAAUCUUUGUCUGAAGUAGAAGAGAAAUACAAGAAGGCCAUGGUGUCCAAUGCCCAGCUAGACAACGAGAAGAACAACCUGAUCUACCAGGUGGACACCCUCAAGGACGUUAUUGAAGAGCAGGAGGAGCAGAUGGCAGAGGUGUACAGAGAAAAUGAAGAGAAAUCAAAGGAGUUAGAAAGGCAGAAACAUAUGUGCAGUGUGCUGCAGCAUAAAAUGGAUGAACUCAAAGAAGGCCUUCGGCAGAGAGACGAGCUCAUUGAGGAGAAUCAGCGCCUCCAGCAGAAAGUAGACACCACGACAAAAGAGGUGUUUGACCUCCAAGAGACCCUGCUUUGGAAAGAUAAAACAAUUGGGGCCCUAGAGAAACAGAAGGAACACAUUACCUGCCUCAGGAAUGAGCGAGAUGUGCUCAGAGAGGAGCUGGCUGACCUGCAGGAGACAGUGAGGACGGCAGAGAAACAUGGCUUAGUUAUAAUCCCAGACAGCACUCCCAAUGGUGAUGUCAAUCAUGAUGAACCUGUUGUGGUUGGAGCCAUUACUGCUGUGUCUCAGGAAGCUGCUCAGGUCUUGGAGUCAGCAGGAGAAGGGCCACUAGAUGUGAGGCUACGGAAACUUGCUGGAGAAAAGGAGGAGCUCCUGUCACAGAUUAGAAAGCUGAAGCUGCAGUUAGAAGAGGAACGGCAGAAGUGUUCCAGGAGUGAUGGCACAUCUGGGGACCUGGCAGGACUGCAGAAUGGCUCAGAUUUGCAGUUCAUCGAGAUGCAGAGAGAUGCCAAUAGACAAAUUAGUGAAUACAAAUUCAAGCUUUCCAAAGCAGAACAAGACAUAACCACCUUGGAACAAAGUAUCAGCCGGCUUGAGGGGCAGGUGCUGCGGUACAAAACUGCUGCUGAGAAUGCUGAGAAAAUUGAAGAUGAGCUGAAAGCAGAAAAGAGGAAGCUCCAGCGAGAGCUACGGACAGCACUGGACAAGAUCGAGGAGAUGGAGAUGACCAACAGCCACCUGGCAAAGCGUCUAGAGAAGAUGAAGGCCAACAGGACAGCCCUUCUAGCCCAGCAGUAGGCCUGGGUGCUGCUCUGAGGGUCUUGCCCGGAGACACUGACUUUUGUAUAUUGACACAAGCCCUUCCAGUACUGUCUGAGUCUUGUCAUUAAACAGCCACCUUUGUAUUUUA